UUUAACUUGGGCUGCUACGAUAAGAAGUAGUUUUUUUCAUUCUGUGACAAGCAAUUUGUGUCGAGCUUGUAUAUUUAUAGGGCGAAUAUCACAUAGAGUUUAACUUCGUUUGUUAGUAUUUAGACUUUAGGCAGUACACGAUUAUAUUUUUGGCAUUUACAAAUAUAAUAUGAUAAAUAAACGUAAACGAAAUUCCCGCGGCAACGGUAACAGAAUUAUAGAAAGUUUAGACAUGGACAACAAUAACCACAUGAACCAUCAGAUGAACGCCAUGAAUAUGCAAAUGCGAUCGAUGAAUCGCUUGAUGAAUUCGUUUAUGCCCGAUCCUUUUAAUAUGCUGGGGCCCUCACCUUUCGAUGCAGGCUUUCAGCAGGGCGCAUUGAUGGAGCGCGGCCAGCAGCCGAUGCCAGGAAUGGGUGGUAGCCUGUUCGGCUUUCCAGCAAUUCCCAACUUUAAUCGAUUGCUUAAUGCCGACAUUGGCGCCAAUGGUGGCACCUCGUAUUGCCAAAGCACCGUGAUGACCAUGUCCUCAGGUCCUGAUGGACGCCCACAGAUCUAUCAGGCCAGCACCAGCACUAAAACUGGACCAGGUGGUGUACGUGAGACUCGCAAGACCGUACAGGACUCACGCACAGGGGUCAAGAAAAUGGCCAUCGGUCAUCAUAUUGGCGAGCGCGCACACAUUAUUGAAAAGGAGCAGGAUUUACGCUCCGGGCAGCUGGAGGAGCGCCAAGAAUUUAUUAAUUUGGAUGAGGAGGAGGCUGAACAGUUCGACCGAGAGUUCACAUCGCGAGCAUCUCGUGGCGUUGUUGGUCAUGGACGCAGUGGAGGGAUGCAAGCUAUUCGUGGCGCACCUCCGGCUGCAUCUUCAUCUACGGUUACAAUUGAACCACUUGAUGAUGAUGAUGAUGAUGAUUGCGUUAUUGAGGAGCAACCGCGCGGCAGCGGAGGUCGCACCUUGCCCGCCCUGCCUGCGCCACCAACAGCACCUCGGAACAGUAGCAGUGCAGCAACAACUACCACGUCGUCGUCGUCGCCACGCCGCGCCAUCUCUACAGCACCGACAGGGCACGAUCUUACAAACAACAACUAUUUGGGCAGCGGACAAGCUCCAACUUCUCGUCGCGCCUACAUGCGCAGCGGCCAGCAUCUUGCCACGCCUCGUCGACCACUGCGCACGCCACCGUCCUCGCCGUUGGCAACCACCUCCAGCGCUAGUCACAGCAUCGCUGCUACGCCAAGCGUGCAUCCACAUCCCUAUGCUGCAAACGCCGCUCGACGCCAUAAACGUGUGAAGCAUCACACCACACGGAAUGCGGUCGAUGCACCAGAAUCAAACUCCAAAGCAGCGAAACGAGGCAACCAUUAGGCUUGCACAGCAUACACACGUACACCACCACAUCUACAAUCACACUCAAGCACACUUACACAGCGAUAUGCAAGUACAUGAUACUACACGAUAGCUCCAGUUGCAAAGAGAAAGCAAAUGUUUAACAUAUAGUAAAUACGAGUAUAUUUCCUUUUUAAUUACUCUUCAUUGAUUUCGCUAACAUACUCGUAUAUUUGAAUGCAAUUUCAAUGGCUUAGCGUGCGCGCCUGCUAGCUACGGAUUUUUGGUAUGGCCAAGCCCAAAAUCUGGAAGCCCAACACACGAAUAUCAUCACAUAUGUUAUAUCCACUUUUGAUUUUCUUUCUUUAAUUUUUGUUUGAGACUACCACACAUUAUAUUCGUUGUGUACACGAUUAAGGUUUUAAUUCAGGUACGCACGCAAGCCUUGAAAUUGCUUAAAAGAUGUUUCCAUUUCAAAACUUUUUUUAAAAAAGACAACUGUUCAACGCCCUAAGAAAACGUAUACACUUUCUAUGAUAAAUGAAAAUUUUAAUGUACUUUUAUGAUACGCAACUUAUAUUAAAGCGAAAAUUGAAAAUGCUGCAAAUUGAAUUAUGUCUUAAUUUUUUUUUUUAAACAAAAAACGAAAGUUUUAUUCGUGUAGCAUCAGGAUUCAAAAUGCGUUCCUAGUUUGUAAGCCACAAAAUAACCACAAAACCGAACAUAACUACAGCGAAGAACCGGCAAGUCCAAAUGGUCAAAAUAUUGGCGUAAAAUAUACAUAUAUAAAUACACCCCCAAAAGAAGCAUAAAUUGUAUUUAGUUUUAAGGCUUAAAUAAUACUUAACUGUUUAUGUGAAUUUAAUUAAAAGAGAAAUACAUCCGUAGUUAUAUUGAUGUCAUCAA